AUGUUUAUUGUUUCGGCGCUGAAAGACACGCUCAGCGUGCAGCCGUCCCUCCAGGGGAGGCCCCUGGAACCUGUGCUGCGCGAAGCGAUUGCGCUUAAAUACACCAACAAGGUUCUGCGAGGUCUGGGACUGUUUGUCUGUUUGUAUGAAAUCACGGAAGUCGAGGGAGCAGCCAUUCUUCCGGCAACCGGUUCUUCGCGAUACAACGUGUGCUUCAAGGCCGUCAUCUUUCGGCCGUUUGUAGGCGAGGUUUUACAAGGCACAGUCUGCGAGUCGUCAUCCUCAGGAAUCGCUGUGGACUUGAAUUUUUUCAAGGACGUGAAGAUUCCAGCCUCGAAUCUUCGCGAGCCGAAGGCGUGCGAGGAAACUGCAACAGCAGGUAACAUUGCAGCUACAGGCUUUUCAGCAGCAGCAGACGGCAAGGGGCCUAUGGCUGCCGCGAUUUGGUCGUGGUGCUUUGAGGGUCACCGGCUGACGUACGACUUGGGUGCCCCCAUCCGCUUUCGCGUUACAGACGUCAUUUUUGCGAGAGAAGAAGCCCAGAAGAAGUUUACGCUGGUGGCAAGCGAGGAGAGCUACGUGCCCCCGAUGGUUGUGAUUGGCGAAGCAAACGCAGACGGCCUGGGCAUGCUCUCGUGGUGGCAGUAA